AUGGCUUUACUGCCAUUGCUCUUCGUGCUUGUGCAAAGCCUGAUCCAGUACCCCCAGCUGGCUGGGGAUGGGCUGGAUGAAGCCACGCACCGGCGAAUUAAGGAGCGUCAGGAGCUGCUGGACCACGAGAUAGCUCGGCUGCUGCAGGAGCUGGAGGAGCAGGACGAGGGCUGGGGAGCCGUGCUGUUUGGUGCCCUGCAGCAGUGGCCAUUUUGGGUCCUUGCUGGAGUCCUGCUCCUCUUGGGCCUGUUGUUUAGCUGCACAAGAAGGAACCGUGAGGCCAGCAACGAUGAUGAUUUAAAUAAAGGUGAAGACAACGUAGAUGGACGGGAAGAAUACACGGAUAUGAAGGUGCAGGGAAGCAGUGAUGCCAGUGAACAGAGAAGCAGUGACUGCACUAGGCAGGAAGAUAGCUGUGAUCAUGGGAAUGAAGCAGGCCAUAUUGGUUUUGCUGCAACUGAGAAAGAAAAUACGGCAGUUAUACAAGAAGAUGGCAAUGAUAGAAAGAAGCAUGAAGAACAGGGUGAUGUGAACAUGGAGGCAAACAAGAAGGAGGAUAGAAAAGAAGACAAAGAAGGUAACGUGGCUGCCAGUGGAAAAGAAGGCAGUGAUGGUGGCAAGGAAGAAAGCGGCAGUGGUGAAAUGGAAGACAGAGAAAAGACUGGAGAUGUUAGAAACGGGCAAGGCAUCCUUUUAAUGGACCACAUAGAGUGGCCUGUGGAGGACCUGGAGAGAGGUUGCUCAGUGAUCACUGAGCUGAUGGAGAGCUUCACGCGUGUCUUUGUGGACAGCGUGAGCAAUAGCUUCUACCCAGUGCCUCAAGAAGCCAUUGGGGUGGGCAGUGCCUUUGAGGGUUGGAGGCCCCGUGACUGGGAUGGGGUGUACCGUGUGCUGGUGCCGCUGAAUCCCCCACCAGGGCACGCCUUCCACCUAGAGCUGAACAGUGCAGGGCAGGUGGCAGCAAGGACCUUCAGCGUCCGUGUGGAGCUGGUGUGCACGUGCGAGAGGGAGCAGCUGGGAGAGGAGCCGUUGUGCUUCCUGCACCACUCGCAGAAGGAGCUGGGGUGGAAGCAGAAGCUCAGCCUCCUCGAGACGCUGUGCACCGGUUCCUACCUGGACGUGGAAAAAACCUCCUGCUGGUUCUUCCAGCUGGUGAGAAGCUCGUGGCUGCAAGUGCCUCUGCACUCCUGGCAGGUGGUGUUUCAGCCCUGCAGCCGGUCCUGCCGGUUGCAGCUGAGCAAAGGCAGGAAGAGCCUGACAGUGGAGAUUCUCUUUGGGGUGCGCCAAGAGGACUCCGACAUCUUUGUGGUCAGUCAGCCCACAGAGGCCCAGAAAGGCGGUUCCAGCAUCUCUAUGAGCAGCCAGCCUGCCAAGGCCAACAUCAUUUCAAGGACAUCAUGGCCUGAGACGUACGCUGUGGCAGAGGCAAAAUUCUUCCGGCACAUCGCCAGGCAGCUGCCGUGUGAGAGCUUGCACCUGAAAUGCCUGCAGCUCUUCACCUGCAUCCUGAAGGGCACCGGCUUUUCCAGCUCUACCUGGAAGACUGUGGUCAUGCACGUGCUGACCACAGUACCAGUGUCCCGGUGGCACAGGAGCGCAUUUGCACGGCGGCUCUGGGACAUCAUGGCAUUCCUGGACCGCUGCCUGCAGCUGAAACGCCUGGAGCACUUUGUGCUUGGCAGCGAGAGGCUUCCUGCAGAGAUCAGCUUGCCACCAGCAACACGAAGGGUUGAGCCGCCCAACCUCUUUGAGCACCUGGCCCAAGAUCCGGCCACCCACAGAGAGGCCCUGCAAGCUUAUGGUCAGCUGCGAUUUCGCCUCUGGGUGCUGCUCUCCAGCCACUGA